AUGACCAGGCCUGAUAUAGCCUUCCCAGUUCAGGUGUUGAGCCAAUACAUGCAUAGUCCUAAGCAGUCACAUAUGGAAUCAGCAUUGAGAGUUGUCAGGUACCUCAAGGAAGCUCCAAGCCUUGGGCUGCUAAUGUCAUCUAAAGAUACAAAUACACUGACUGCCUACUGUGAUUCAGAUUGGGGUGCUUGUCUGGAAACAAGAAGGUCUGUCACUGGAUACCUAGUAAAGUUUGGAGGAUCACUAAUUUCUUGGAAAUCUAAGAAACAAGAGACAGUAUCCAGAAGCUCAGCAGAGACUGAGUUUAGAAGAAUGGCCAACUGUGCAGCUGAGAUCACCUAG